GCUUUUGCGUCUCUUUGUUUGUGGGAGGAAAAUGGCGGAUCGGCUCACGCAGCUGCAGGACGCCGUGAACUCGCUUGCAGAUCAGUUUUGUAAUGCCAUUGGAGUGUUGCAGCAGUGCGGUCCUCCUGCCUCUUUUAGUAAUAUUCAGACAGCCAUUAACAAAGAUCAGCCAGCUAAUCCUACAGAAGAAUAUGCCCAGCUUUUUGCAGCGUUGAUUGCACGAACAGCAAAAGACAUUGAUGUUUUGAUAGAUUCCUUACCCAGUGAAGAAUCUACAGCUGCUUUACAGGCUGCAAGCUUGUAUAAACUGGAAGAAGAAAAUCACGAAGCUGCUACAUGUCUGGAGGAUGUUGUUUAUCGAGGGGACAUGCUUCUGGAAAAGAUACAGAGCGCACUUGCUGAUAUUGCACAGUCCCAGCUGAAGACAAGAAGUGGUACCCAUAGCCAGUCUCUUCCGGACUCAUAGCACCAGCGCACAUAUACCGUGCGUGAGGCUGAGAAAAGAGCUGCUUCAAUGCCAUUAAGAAUUCUGCAUCAGAUUUAGAUGUAAGCCUUACCAACAGUUACAGAAACAUUAAGCACUAUGACACAUGUUAUCUUUUUAGCUAUUUUAAAUAGUCUUCUGUUUUCACUCUUAAUAAUAAGCUUGUAAAAUCGUGAUUGAACCAGCUUUAAACUGUCAUUAUGCCUUUUUUUUUUUUAAUUAUCUGGGUUAAAUUAUUGAGGCAGAUAUUGCAUUAAUGAUCAUAAUAUAAUU